AUGCGCUUUUUCGCGGCAAGCUUGCUUGCCACCGGCUUUGCAUCUCUUACCGACGGCACACCGGAAUAUCAAUGGCUGGCUCGAGAGAAUGGCCGGAUUGAAGAAAUUCUCGGAAAUGACUACGAUUUUAUUGUGAAUGGAGUUCUUGUUGAUGAAUUGCUUGAUUAUCUCAAGCAGAGAAAUACCAAGAUGCCGGAGCAAGACCUGGAGAUGCUGGCCGCUACAGUACAGAUGAUUGAAGGAGGUCAAGCGGAUGAACAGUCGGCAGAAAUGUGGCGGUAUCUCAUGGAAAAACUAGAUCGGGCGCUGGGACCGAAUGAUCCCCUUAUUAUCCGUUUAGACGCUUCAGGAAUUGGAUGGAAGGACCUAUCAGAAGAGCAGCUUCUGGGUGGCCUUUUAUCUGGCUCUACCAGCCCUGUCGCUCUCACCAGAACUCUACUCGAGCUUAAGGUGGCAGCAAGAGCCCAAGCUCUUUCACGAAUGAAUGCCACGGGAGUGGGCGCUUCCCAGGCACUGCUGGACGAGAUCUGGUACCGCCCGUAUCAGGUGCUGCGCAGAACACCUGUCAGGGAGCCAAGAAAGGGAUUCAGUGCCACAGACGCUUAUUGCAAGGCCUACGGCUUAUAUCGGUGCACGAAGGGCCUGCGAUAUGGACUAGGUGGAAAUGUGACCUUGCCCGACUUGAGUGAAGAUGAUGACACCGACGGAUCUGUCACUUCUCCAGGCGGCUCAGUGGGCGUUCCGGGUGGCAGCGGACCUACCGAUUCGCCCCAGACGACUGGUGCGGAAAAAGGUGAAGAGCUCUUCAGGUUCGGGGGGAAAUACGGAGAUUGGGGCAUGCCAAACGCAACCGCACCGGUGCGGCCGAGUCCUCCUCCUUACUCUACCGUGCCACGCCGGGUGAGCGCGGAGCCCCCUGAUGACACAAGCCAACUUAGUACGCCGUACCCUCCGUACUAUCCUCCGUAUCUGCCGUACCCGCCCUAUCCGCAGCUUGGACAUCAUGGACGCCCUCCGUGGGUCAAUUCGAUCCAGAUUGGUUCUGGAGUUGCCCCGACUGUCAUUCCUCCCUUGGGGGGAGUGUUGUCUCCGAUUGUCCUGGGACCGCCAGCGUUGGCGGAAACGGGUCGAAAGAAUCCACUGGCAAUGUUAAGCGCGCCCUUUGAGCAGUUAAAGAGCCGGUGGGGACAUCACCACCACAGCAGUCCACAGCCGCUGACAUACAUAUAUCCGCUGCCGGUGGCCGUGGCCACGGAGUCUAUUCCUUCACCGACAGGGUUGCCGGCCUCACGAGUCGAGCGGCCUCCCGAGUCGGACACGCCACUUUACGACAGCAUCCUGAGGAGGGCCCAGCGGUUGAACAGCGUGGUAGAUUCCGUGGCUGAGGUGCCUAUAGUGGGUCCAGCAGCCAUUUUAUUGAACGGUGCCGCGAAUGUGGGGCGGGAUGCUGUGUUGACGGUGAUUGAAGCCGCGAACGCGUUCAGUUCCGAUGACUUCACAUCUCCACACACUGAUUCGGAUUUAAGCAGCAGUCGGGAUUUGCUAUACAGGAGGCGGUGA